CACAACACGCGCAACAAUCACAAUCACCAGAAACCUCACGUCUGUCAAACACGCCGUUCCAAAGUGUUCGUGUCCAAACACAACCAAUCCUUGCAAUUGUCAGCCCGGGACAUUUUGGACUACUGCGACGCACAGGGCGUCGAGACGGAAGGCUCACGGACGACUCCGUCACACGUCAUUCUCCGCACCUGUCCCUUCUGCGACAAGCCCACGCACGGCAAAGCCGACAAUCAGCACAAGUGUUACCUGCAGAUCGGAGGCGGCGCCUACUUUUGUCACCGUUGCGGCAACGGCGGAUCCUGGUACGACUUCAAAGCCACGCUCGGAGGAUUCCACGUCACGGGCGCGGGCGUCCGACACGCGUCGGUGGCACAGGCGCGGACUACCGAAGAUCGUUUCCGGGACUUUUUGGAAACAUCGACGCCCGUCCAACGAGACGUCGAACCCUUGCCGUUGCCGGCGCGGAAACUGCAAGCCUGUUACUCGACACAGUUGUUCGAUCAGGGACCCAACGAGGUGGAAACCUACUUACGGGAAACCCGGGGACUGCAGAAGCGGACGCUCCGAAAGUACGGAGUGGGACGAGCCAAUUACAACUUUCUGGACGACGCCAAUCAAUGGGUCAAGGCCGAAUGUGUCAGCUUUCCCUGGAUCAUGAAAACCAAACACCAAUCCUUCUUGACUCGUCGCAUUAAAGUACGCGCCGUUGCCAAGAAAUCCUGGCAACGCUUGGACCCGCCCGGGGGUGGGUGGGGACUCUUCGGCUUUCACACGGUCCCCCCGGAAGCCACCGAAAUCAUCCUCACCGAAGGCGAGUACGACGCCAUGGCCGUAUGGCAAGCCACCGGACGACCCGCCGUCAGUUUACCCAACGGAUGUCGAUCGCUGCCUCCCGAAGUAUUGCCACUCCUCGAAAACUUUGCCAAGAUCAUUCUCUGGAUGGACAACGACGGACCGGGGCAGGAAGGAGCCGAGCAAUUUGCCAAAAAAAUUGGUCUCGAACGAACAUACAUUGUCAAGCCGGGGAAACAGCACGUCCCGGAGGACGCUCCACUGCCCAAGGACGCCAACGAUGCGCUCUUGCAGGGCCUCGAUUUGGAAGCCAUGGUCCGGGACGCCCAGCCAGUCCCGCACGAACGCAUUCUCACCUUUCGGGACCUGCGCUCCUCGGUCCUCCACGAAAUCAUUCAUCCAGACAAGUACGUUGGUGUGCCCAUGACGAGCUUGCCGGCCCUGACGAACAUUAUCAAGGGAUUCCGUCGCGGAGAAAUGACCGUACUGACGGGCCCCACCGGGAGUGGCAAGACCACAUUCCUCGGUCAGAUGAGUUUGGAUUUGGCCGAACAAGGGAUCAAUAUGUUGUGGGGGAGUUUCGAAAUCAAAAAUACCCGACUUAUCCACAAACUUAUGCAACAAUUCUCGAGAGAACCACUUCCCACCGGUGAGCAAGCCGUGGAGAGCAAAUUGGAGGCGCUGGCUGAUCGCUUCGAGCGUCUGCCUUUUUACUUUAUGAAGUUCCACGGCGGGUCCGAUGUCGACGACGUUCUUGAUGCCAUGGACUAUGCAGUGUACGUGAACGAUGUCGAGCACAUCAUUCUGGACAAUAUGCAAUUUAUGAUCUCUCGCAACAAAAACAAAACAUCCACGUUCGACAAGUUUGACGUCCAAGACGUGGCGAUUGAAAAGUUCCGUAAAUUUGCUACGGACAAGAACGUUCACGUGACCUUGGUGGUGCACCCCCGUAAGGAGCAAGAAGAUAUGAAACUAAGCAUGGCGAGUAUCUACGGCAGUGCCAAGGCAACACAGGAAGCCGACACCGUUUUAAUCCUCCAGACCGACGGUCGUCGGAAAUAUAUUGAAGUUAAGAAAAAUCGUUUCAACGGCAACCUGGGCCACACCCCGUUGCAUUUUGAUCGGCUCACGGGCCGGUACGGAGAA